UGGCGGCAUGCCAUGUUGAAUUGCCAUGCUUUUAUUUUAUUACAUUUUGUUCGGUCUUUCUCGAAAACGGACGAAUAAUAGUAUUUUUUAACUGAUAUAUUUUCAUUGAUUGAAUUUCGAUUCAUUACAGCGCAUUUGAAUAUACAUUUUAUACUAUUUUAAUAUAUAAUAAAAACACCUACUUCGGGGGAUUAUCGAUUUCAGAUCUAGGGAUUUUUGUUCAAAUGGAAGUACAUUAGUCCUGACGUCACAACUGAGUUUUUUUCCAUAAUAGUUGAACCAUUAUAGUUGUUGAUUUGUAAUAUUAUGAAUUUUUGAGGAGGACCAGUGGCCGAACGGUUAAUGUGUCGGUGUGUUGGCAUUUACUGGUUCGAUAUUCGGUCUUACGGUUCUAUUUGCUAGGCGGGAAAUUGUCUUGUGAAAAGAAAACACUAUAAUAUCCUUUACAGUGACGAACCGUUCCAAAAACUAAUUUGUCAAGAAACCACGGAACAUUGCGCCUUCAAGGCCUGUUAAACUACGUGAUGAUGAGGAGUUCUGAAUGGUGUCAAAGAAACGUGCAACAAGCUCAUAGUAGAAGUUGAAUAAAAUAAGCUAUUGCAUGAGCUCACAGCAGAGUGCGAUUUCGACGGCAGUUUGUUUGCAACGAGUGUCAAAAAAUAUUUAUAUCUAAAAGAAGUUUGGACUAUCACAUGUCAAAAUCACAUAAUAUGAACACCGCAACCAGAAAAAGUUGUCGAAACAAAUUGGAAAGUAAUGUACACAGUAUUGAUGAAGAGAAAAAUCAGGCACCAAUUAAAAUAGAAGGAACAGAUGAUUGUUUCUACGAGCCUACGAUAAGAAAAAAGGAAGAAAAUGAUGUACUGAUCACAGAAGUUACCAAUAUUGAUGAAGAGAAAAAUGAGGCACCAAUUCAAAUAGAAGGUACAGAUGAUUGUUUAUAUGAGACCACAAUAGAAAUAAACAAAGAAAAUGAAUUGCUGAACACAGAACUUGCUAAUGUAAAUGAAAUUAACAAUGAAACGAAAGAAACUGAUGUAAAUGAUCAACUGGCAAGAACAAAACCCAAUAAAAAUCCUUUACUCAGAAAAAAUCAACGCGUGCAUACUGGCGAACAGCCAUUUAAAUGUGACGUCUGCCCUAAGAAUUUUAACCAAAAUUCUAAACUUAUCCGGCACAAACGUAAGCAUACUGGUGAAAAACCAUACACGUGUGACGUUUGUGUAAAAUCGUUUACGGUGAGAUCACACCUUACGCGACACAGUCGGCAUGUCCAUUCUGCAAAUUUAUCAAACAAUAUUUGAUUUUUGUUGUGAAUAAAAAUACAGCUCUUAGAUAUCGAGUAA